AUGCCGACAUCACCGUCGCUCCUGGACCUCAUGAGCCUGCCUGAGCUGCUGUCUCCGUCUCCUGAAGCAGCGGCGGCGGACUCAUCCUCAGAAGGCAGCAGCAGCAGCAGCAGCUGUGGCAUGGUGCAGGUGGUGCCGAGGGACCUCUCCGACGAGCUCCUCGGCAAGUUCGAGGACACCAGCGAGUUCGGCUUCGAGUAUACCCAGAGCGGCCUCUGGUCGCCGCUGGUCCUGCGUCCCGAGGUCCUUGCGAGCGCGGGGCUGGACCGACCGAGGCGCAGCCGCCGGAGUUGGAGGAGGAAGGUUGGUAUGGUGUUCUGUUGUUGCUGA